GGAUCGUACCAUCUUUACAAAAUGCCAUACCGUCCACGACUUCCCCAGAUCAUUGAUCUCCUACGGCAGGAAGACCGAUAUGAUGAGCCAAGGUUUCAAACAGAUUUCCAAAGAUACUUCACAGAAAUCCGGGCCAAAUUCGGGAAUUCAUUGAGUCUUGAACGGCAAGAAGAGUUGUUAAAAUGCUUCGUUUUUUCCAUAAACUUUGGUCAUGGAUGUCGUUUUCCUGGGGACAUAGGAUUAAACCCUUUGCCUGUUCUUCCAGACCCUGCCCAUGGAGAUUUUCCACCCCAUUUCUCCAGUAGCAACUGUGUGUUAUCUGGAAACCCUCGUAAUUCGCCAUUUGCGACCGUUUUUCUAGAGAUGCAAGCCAGAGAGAGGCGGUUAUGUCGAAGUGCCGCGCAUAUUAUACCAAUGAAUUCUCUGCCACAUAGCCACUACAAUAGUGUGAGAGGGAAUGGCCGCAUUGAUGUAUCUUUUGCUUUGGCACCUGCAACCUUGCUCUCACAAAAUGACGAUAGUUCAAAUAGUAAUGGUUCCGGCGGUAGUAGUCCAGAUGAUAAUGGUCCAGAUGAUAAUGGUCCAGAUGAUAAUGGUCCAGAUGAUAAUGGUCCAGAUGAUAAUGGUCCAGAUGAUAAUGGUCCAGAUGAUAAUGGUUCCGGGGAUAGUGGUCCAUAUGAUAAUGGUCCAUAUGAUAAUGGUUCAGAUGACGACGUCCCCACCGCCGAAAUACUGGCAGCGAAUCCGGAACAGGAAGAUGACGAUAUUUGUCCCAUUUGUCGCGAAAGUUUUUCUGAUACCAAGCCUUCAGCGUCACUCAUUCCGAACUGUGGGCAUUUCUUCCAUCUGGGUUGUAUGGUGCAGUGGAUUAACUCCAAUUUGAAUGGGGGUCGAUUGAGAGACAGGUGCAUCCACUGUCGUAGAGGAUUUGACAGAAUUUUUUCUCAAUCUCAUGGCGAGGUAACUCCGCCUCAAAAUGGUGAAGAUUUCUGGCGCAAUGACGAUGGACCGUUGAUAAAUGAAGUUUUUCCGAGACUAGAGAAUCAUAGUUCUCCUUUCAUAGAAUUAAACAUGCCAGGAAUUAAUACGCCUACUUUCUUAGAAUUAGACAUAACGGGGAUGGAUACGCCUACUGUCUUAGAAUUUGAAGUGACGGGAAUCGAUACGCCUACUUUCUUAGCAUUAGAAAUAACACAAAUAAUAGAUUAAGAUUAAAGAGAUCAUGAUUAACCAUAUCACCAUUCGGCAGAUUUCUGGGCCCACUUGAUGGAAAUUCAUCAUGUUUAUUUCGACUAGCGCCGCAGUCGCCCAACUAAUUAGAGUAUUCAGAGAUGAGUCGCAGGACUAGCAGCGGAAGAGGGAACUUUCUAAUGAUUUCUGCAUCUAUUGAUGCCUAUAAACUUCUCA